AUGGCAACGGCAGUACUCUCUGGCAGCACCGGCCUUGUCGGCUCCAACAUCCUUUCGACACUGCUCGCUCACCCGGGCUUCUCCUCCGUCUACGCCUACACCCGGCGCGAACUGCCCAAUCCCAACGGCUCGACCAAGCUCCAACCCAUACAGUCUGCCGACACAUCCGCAUGGAAGGCCCAGUUCCCCUCGGCGCAGCAACCCAAGAUAUGCUUCAAUGCCCUAGGCACCACGCGCGCACAAGCCGGAGGCGUCGAAGCGCAGCGUAAAAUCGACCACGACCUAGCUCUGGAGCUGGCCCAGGCGGCUAAAGCAGCCGGCACAGAUGUCUACGUGCUCAUUUCGUCCAACGGCGCAAAUCCCAAUUCGUAUUUUGCGUAUCCCAAGAUGAAGGGCGACUUGGAGGAGGCGGUCAAGGGCCUGGGCUUCAAGCAUACCGUCAUUGUGCGCCCAGGCCUGAUUGUCGGGGAGAGGAGCGAUAGUAGGCCGGCGGAGGCGGCGCUCAGGAGCUUGGCCAAGGGCUUGAAGGGUCUCGCGGGGAGUGGCAAGCUGACGGAUUGGUGGGCGCAGGAUGCUGGGAUGAUUGGGAGGGCGGCUGUGGAGGCGGGAGUGAGAUACUUCCCCUUCUACGCCGUCAUCCUCGGCUGGCCCGUCGCCGCCGCCUGGUACUUCAACGGCAACAUGUGA